GACCCCCUAGGCUGUGGGAAGGCGCGGGACGCUCCGGCUUUGGAAGCAGCGUGCGGCGGGUUCGCUGAGGACCGCGGCAAAGGCGGCAGGUCCCAGCCAGGGGCGUCCGGAGGACCCGCGCGCAGCCUCCCGGAGCUACCGGCGGCGCUGGCGGUACUGCCUGGGACGCUGACGUAGGGGAAUACCGGAGAAGAAGGUGUUUUAAUAAGAAUUGUGAGGGGGGAUUAUUUUGUAUUGAAAUCUGUGACACUGCUGCACAGUGAUGAUUGUACAAAGAGUAGUAUUGAAUUCCCGACCUGGGAAAAAUGGUAAUCCAGUAGCAGAGAAUUUUCGAGUGGAAGAAAUCACUUUACCAGAGAACAUCAAUGAAGGACAAGUACGAGUUAGAACUCUGUAUCUCUCUGUGGAUCCUUACAUGCGUUGUAAGAUGAAUGAAGACACUGGCAGUGAUUAUUUAGCCCCUUGGCAGUUGUCUCAAGUGGUGGAUGGUGGAGGUAUAGGAAUUGUAGAAGAAAGCAAGCACACAAACUUAACUAAAGGCAAUGUUGUGACUUCGUUUUAUUGGCCCUGGCAAACGAAAGCUAUUCUAGAUGGAAAUAGCCUUGAAAAGGUAGAACCACAGCUUGUGAAUGGACAUCUUUCAUAUUUUCUUGGAGCUAUAGGUAUGCCUGGUUUGACUUCUUUGAUUGGAGUACAGGAAAGAGGUCAUAUAACUGCUGGAUCUAACCAGACUAUGGUGGUCAGUGGAGCAGCAGGUGCCUGUGGAUCCUUGGCUGGACAGAUUGGCCGUUUGCUGGGCUGUUCCAGAGUGGUGGGAAUUUGUGGAACACCUGAGAAAUGCGUCCUUCUGACCUCAGAACUGGGCUUUGAUGCUGCAAUUAAUUAUAAAAAAGGGAAUGUGGCAGAACAACUCAAAGAAUCAUGUCCGACAGGAGUGGAUGUUUACUUUGACAACGUUGGUGGUGACAUAAGUGAUACAGUGAUAAGUCAGAUGAAUCAGAACAGCCACGUCAUCCUGUGUGGUCAGAUUUCCCAGUACAAUAAAGAUGUGCCUUAUCCUCCCCCCCUCCCCCCUGCCAUAGAGGCAAUACAGAAGGAAAGAAACAUCACAAGGGAAAGAUUUCUGGUGUUAAAUUACAAGGAUAAGUUUGAGCCUGGCAUUCUACAGCUGAGUAAGUGGUUUAAAGAAGGAAAAUUAAAGAUCAAAGAGACUGUCAUAAAUGGAUUGGAAAACAUGGGAGCUGCAUUCCAAUCCAUGAUGACAGGCGGUAACAUUGGAAAGCAAAUAGUCUGCAUUUCAGAAGAUGCUUCCUUAUAAUAUGUAUACAUCUUCAUCAAGGAAAAAAAAUUAUUUUUCAAUUUUUUCCUAUUUCUUUUUGAGAUGGUACUGGGGGCUAGAGCUCAAGAGCAUCAGGUCACUUUGUUUUUUCUCUCAAUAACAGUUCUCUACCACUUGAGCUAUGCCUAAAAAUUUGAGAAUAUAAACAGUUCUUGAUGAUUUUUUUUUUUUUUUUUGGCCAUAAUCAUUAAGAUGAGUUUGUCACAUAAUUUUUUAUCUAGCUGUAUCACAUAUGCAUGCUACAUCUAACGUGAUUACUUACAAUGAUUGCAGUCAAUAUUAUUUCUUAUUUUGCUUUUGAGACAGGCUUUUGCCAUGCAGUCCAGGCUGGCCUUGAACUUGUGAUUCUCCUACUUUAGCAGCAAUGCUGCGAUUAAUUCCAGCUGCUGGGAUUAGAUCUGAUACAGGCAUUCACCACCAUACUUGGCUACAUUUCUUUUUUUGCCAGUACUGGGGCUUGAACUCAGGGCCAGGCACUGUCCCUGAGCCUCUCUGUGCUUAAGGCUAGUGCUCUAUCACUUGAGGCACAGUG